CACAAGUCCCCCCACCAUCCAAAGCUCUCUCGUCCCAUUUGAAAGUCUUUUUGAGUUCUGUUCUUUCCCUUCUCUGUUUCGUUUCUGCUCAUUGCCAGAAACAAUGGGUCGCGGGACAAGCAGAAACAUUGGCAUUAAUGUAUCCCAUGUCAUCGGGUUCGUAUGCUUGAUACUGAUUCACGCACGGAGGAGCAACGCGUUCGAGUUCAGUGUGGGAGGUAACGGUAAAUGGAGCGCGCCUUCUGAUAACAGCUCGAAUCCUUUCAACCAGUGGGCUGAGAGGAUGAGGUUCCAAAUCGGAGACUCCCUAGUGUUUACUUACAAGCCGAACGAGGACUCAGUGCUGUAUGUGGCCAAGGACGCGUUUGACAGCUGCAACACGUACUCUUACAUCUCCAAGUACGUCGACGGUCACACUGUCUUCAAGUUCAACCAGUCCGGGCCUUUCUUCUUCAUCAGCGGUGUCAAGGAGAACUGCCUCAAGUACGAAAAGCUUCAUCUGGUCGUCCUAGCUGACCGCAGCAACAAGACCGCUGCUCCGUCUCCGUCGCCAUCGGAGGGAGGACCAGCCGCCGCCACCCCAUCCCCAGCGCCAUCUGGGGAGGAGUCCCCAUCUCCCCCAGCAGGCACUGUCGAGAUAAACCCGACCCCAGCCCCGACCAGCGAAACAAGUCCUCCCCCUCCGAGCAGCAGUCCACGUUUGGCCCUCAUUGGCUUCACCGGCUCUAUUGCAGCAUUCGUUGCCCCGUCCGCCCUCUUAUUUCUCUGAAAACAAGACGCCGCAACCCAUGAUCCACAUAAUUCACUCGGUUACUUUACGAGUUUGAUAUCCUGAGUCUGACUGGUUUUUGCUGUUUUUGAUUGAUUUGUCAUCAACGGUCUUUAUAUGAUUUUGGCCCAAAUGGAUUGGGUUGGGGCCUUUCACUGCGAUUUUUAUGUAUUGGUGCUGUAAUAACAUUUAUUGGCGUGGCAAUUAUUUAUUCCUCA